AUGUCUCCGACACAUUCGAGAGCUUCCAGCAUCGAGACCGGCGACGGCCCGGUCCCGAUGGAAGAGAUCCGCACAAAAGAAUCCAGGGCUCAGCAGCAUUCAGACAAUACGCAAGAUUUGCAUUUGGUGCAGAGCCAUCUAUCGCAUCAUGACAUGCCCGUCACGACCGGCGAGUUUCGCGAAGUCGAUGCAGAACAAUAUUUGCGCUUUUCGCCAGCAAGAAAAAUAAUUAUUGUCGGUGUCCUUUCUUUCUGUUCCUUUCUUGCGCCAAUCUCCUCCACGUCUAUUCUUUCCGGUAUCCCUGAGGUUGCAAAGACAUACAACACUACCGGAAGUAUCAUCAACGCGAGCAAUGCUUUAUACCUGGCGUUUAUGGGGUUGUCGGCCCCGUUCUGGGGCCCGUUUAGCCAAGUCUACGGACGGCGUCCUAUUUUCCUUACAAGCGCAUUUCUAUUCUUCGCUUUCAGCAUUGGCACUGCACUAGCGCCGAAUCUGCCUGCGUAUUACAUAUUUCGCUGUCUCACAGCUUUCCAAGGCACAUCCUUCUUGGUCGUGGGGAGUUCAGCCAUUGGAGAUAUCUAUGAGCCUCGAGCUCGAGCAACGGCGCUAGGCUGGUUCCUUUCUGGUACUCUAAUUGGGCCAGCCUUUGGGCCUUUCAUUGGUGGUGUCAUUGUCACUUUUUGCGAGUGGCGCGUCGUGUUCUGGCUGCAGACCGCUUUAGGAGGCUUCGGUACGCUGUUUGUCCUUUUCUGUUUCCCAGAAACAUACCCGCACCUGAACAACAAGUCCGACAUAAGCGAGAAACCUACGAUGGAGAAGGCAAAAUAUUUCUUCCACCAAGUCAAUCCUGUUCGCGUGGGCGUUCUUCUAUUCACUUACCCGAAUCUCCUGUUCGCCGGAAUAGCGGCUGGUGCGCUCGUCUGGAACCAAUACUCGCUUUUGACACCAAUUCGAUAUGUGCUUAAUCCGCGCUUCCACCUGACCAGCCCAAUUCAAUCAGGUCUAUUCUACAUUGCCCCAGGAUGUGGAUAUCUGGUUGGAACAUUCAUGGGUGGGCGCUGGGCAGACCACAUCGUGAAGAAAUGGAUUCGCAUCCGCGGGAAACGCGUACCAGAGGACCGACUGAAAUCCUGCCUGAUUUUCUUGGGCCUUGUCAUCCCAGGAUGUAUCCUUGUAUAUGGCUGGACAGUCGAGAAGGCAGUGGGUGGAAUUCCUGUGCCUGUCAUAGCGAUGUUCCUGCAAGGCGUGGCCCAGCUCUUCUCGUUUCCUUCGCUGAAUACAUAUUCACUGGAUGUCAUGUCAUCGAGUGGACGCAGCGCGGAGGUCGUUGCAGGAAAUUACAUGUUCCGAUAUGUCUUCGCGGCUCUGGGCUCGGGCCUUGUGUUGCCUGCUGUGGAGGCAAUCGGAGUCGGUUGGUUCAGUACCAUCUCUGCUCUUUUCUUAGUGGUCGCAGGAGGCUUAUUAUGGGCCACCACUAUUUACGGCGAUGAGUGGCGCAUUAAUAUUGACGCGAAGAAAAAGCAGAAGACUGACAAAAAUGGUGAGACCUCGCCUUCCCCGGAGCAUCACACUGAGAAGGCUGAAGUCUGA